AAAAAAGCCAGAAAAAGUUUCCUGAAGUCCCAUACGAGGUGUGUGGGGGGGGGGCUGGGGACUGAAGAGGAGAGUUGAUCAAGGCCACGGGCUCAGGGCUCCGUGGGGCCCUUGGCCGCAAUCUGGAGUGCCCCCUUUCCAGGCCAUGUCGGGGCCCACCUGGCUUCCCCCGAAGCAGCCUGAGCCCGCCAGGGCUCCUCAGGGCCGAGCGCUUCCCCGAAGUGUCCUGGGGCCGCCACAGGCCCAUGGAGCAGCACACCAGCCCCAUCCCAGAGUCCACUUUUGCCCCCUCCCACCUGAGCAGUGUUAUCAGCCCCCAGGGGGACCAGAGGACCGAGGACCAGCCUGGGUGGGGUCCCAUGGAGCACCCCAGCGUCUGCAGGGCCUCCCGCCGGACAGGAGUGUCCUCCGCCCUGGAAUUCUGGAUGCUGAGAUCGAUUCUCUGACCAGCAUGCUGGCCGAGCUGGACGGGGGCAGGGGGCAUGCUGCACACAGACCAGACCGCCAGGCCUACGACCCCCCUCCACCGCCUGCUUACCGCCCUGGAUCGCUGAAGCCCAAUGGAGCCAGUGUCCCUCCCCCACUGCUCCCAGCGUCCCCCUAUGGGGGGCCCACUCCAGCCUCCUAUGCCACAGCCAGCACCCCAGCUGGCCCUGCCUUCCCUGUGCAAGUGAAGGUAGCUCAACCGGUCAGAGGCUGUGGCCCACCCAGGCGGGGGGCCUCUCAGGCCUCCGGGCCUCUCCCAGGCCCCCACUACCCUCUCUCAGGUCGAGGUGAAGUCUGGGGGACUGGCUAUAGGAGCCACCACGAGCCAGGGCCAGGGGGUAAGGAGGAGGCUACUGGAGUGUCUGGCCCUGCAGGAGGAAGAGGAAGAGGAGGCAGGCACGGUCCCCAAGUCCCCAUGAGCCAGCCUCCGGAGGAGGAGCUGGAGAGGCUGACCAAAAAGAUGGUGCAUGACAUGAGCCAUCCACCCAGCGGGGAGUACUUCGGUCGUUGUGGUGGUUGUGGAGAGGAUGUGGUUGGGGAUGGGGCCGGCGUUGUGGCCCUGGACCGAGUCUUCCAUAUCGGCUGUUUCGUGUGUUUCACUUGCCGGGCGCAGCUCCGGGGUCAGCAUUUUUAUGCCGUGGAGAGGAGGGCGUAUUGUGAGAGCUGCUAUGUGGCCACCCUAGAGAAGUGCUCUACGUGCUCGGAGCCCAUCCUGGACCGGAUCCUGAGGGCUAUGGGGAAGGCCUACCAUCCUGGCUGCUUCACCUGCGUGGUGUGCCACCGAGGCCUGGAUGGCAUCCCCUUCACUGUGGAUGCCACCAGCCAGAUCCACUGUAUUCAGGACUUCCACAGGAAGUUUGCCCCACGAUGUUCCGUGUGUGGUGGGGCCAUCAUGCCUGAGCCAGGUCAGGAGGAGACCGUGAGAAUCGUGGCCCUGGACCGAAGUUUUCACAUUGGCUGUUAUAAGUGUGAGGAGUGUGGGCUGCUGCUGUCCUCUGAGGGUGAGUGCCAAGGCUGCUACCCGCUGGAUGGGCAUAUCUUGUGCAAGGCCUGCAGUGCCUGGCGAAUCCAAGAGCUGUCGGCCACCGUCACCACCGACUGCUGAGUCUUCUGAGAAGCGCCUGCUCGGAUCUCGGCCCUCAUCCGCCAACCUCCCCGACAUCUUACCUUUCCAAUUUGCCAGCACACACUAUCUUCUCUUCCUCCCAUCGUGAAAUAAUCAUCCCUCGAGAGUUUACAAAA